AUGUUUGUGUCCCACCAGUGGCUCAGCGACACGCAUCCCGACCCCAGAUUUGAACAACUGCGUGUCUUACAGGAGACGUUGAUCAACGUUUCAGCCGGCACCAGUCGUGUUAAUGUCCCGGUUGCCACUGAGAUAUUGCAUGGCCGUCUUUCUUGCCCUGCUCCCAGUGACUUCAACCUCACACGUCUUCAUAUUUGGUAUGAUUACUUUUGUUGUCCACAGGCAUUGUUGCCUCAUGCAGAGAAGACUCGUCACCGUGCAAUUCACAGCAUUCCUGCUUAUGUGGCAAGGUGUGAGUUCUUUGUCGUGCUGUGCCCGGCAUUUAAGCACGUAGACAGUGGAAGUACUCUGAGCCAAUCGACGUGGGGUGAACGCGGGUGGUGCAGAACAGAACGUGUGGCUCGCGAACUGGCAGCUCGCAAGGGUGGCUACAUGAUUGUAGUAGAAAGUCCGACUCUCCAGACAUUGAUCUGGGAAGGAAACAGGUUACUUGAUGCUCCUGGAUCGGGUGAGUUUACGAGGGAUGUGGACAAGACUAUGAUUGGUCGCGUGAUGGUGCAGAUGGUGUGGACGAAGCUGUCUUAUUGCCUCCAGCAGCAGGACUUGCACAACUACCGAUUUCUGCUGAAUUCGCAGCAAGCAAGGUUCUUCCGUGACUUGGAUGUGGAGCCAGUUUAUGGUUUUCUGCCGGGCUUGGUGAACGGCACCGACCCAAUGGUAGAACCGAAGGCUUUUGUUAUGGAAAAUUUCCUUCACCAGAACGGCUUCAGAAAAGUCACUGACAGGGAUGCUGGUGGAUGGUCUCCGCUGUGUUUCGCAGCGCUGAAUGGAGAUCCUGUUGUAGUCCAGGCACUUCUAGAAGGCAGGGCUGAUGUAAACGAUGCCACCACGAAAGCCAAAAUGGAGGUCCAAUUUUGCAAGAAAAUCUCUGCACUGGGCAUUGCAGCCUUCUACCGGAACCAUGAGGCCCUUCAGGUUCUCUUGUCUGCAGGUGCCAUUGUGAACAACAAAGAUGGCUUCGGUGGCAACGCACUCCACUUGGCAUGUGCUGGCGACAACCCUCUCGCAGUGCAAAAGCUUUGCCUGGCCAGUGCGGAUACUGUCCAAGAAAGCUUGCCGGGAAUGACCCCCUUCCUGGUUGCUUGCUGCUGCGGAAACGCGCUCGCAAUACGAGAGAUGCUGGUGCAGUUUCCAAAGCAAAGCCUGCGACAUGGCUUGCACAUCGCCUUGAUGUUCAGUGGAGGGGUCUCCGGGGACACCAUUUCAGUUCUUCUUGAGGCCAAAGCUGAUGCAAACCAACAAUUCAAGAUCAGCAUGAAGGAUUCUGGGUGGUGGCUCCUUCUCAACAUUAUGGGUUGCCGGCACCGGGUGAGCCCAUCACGUCUCACAUCUUUAGCGUACCAUCACUAUGGGGCGACGCCCUUGAUGUUCAGUGUCUUGACCGGCAACUUCGAGGCGACGACUGCGUUGCUGGCUGCAGGAGCACAGGUGGGCAUCAAAAACUAUCGCAACAAGACAGUGUGCGACCUAGCUCCUAAAAUGCUGGCACCUACGUGGCUGAUCCAAACGCUCUUGGAUGCUGGACAGCCGCCCCCAGAUGUGCGAGACAGCGACGACGACACCUUCUUUAUCUGA